AUGACCAUUCCUUGCUGGAGGGAGUGGAAGAGCUUUGGUUAUGUAGAAGAAUGGACGAGCAAUGGGAUGCAUAGGAUCCACAUUGCACAGCUAACACAGCUAGUGCACCCUCUGGACAUCACCACCAUCACAGAGGAACAGCUAAAAGUUUCCCACCCAAUAUGGCUCAAGUCACCUCCCAUGUGGCGGUCUCUGGAGAAAGAGAGCAAUGAGGUUGUGUUGCAACCCAAGGGAUGUGAGAGAUGGGUGUUUGACUGCCAUCAUGUUCUUCAUCCUGAAUAUGUCCAAGCAAAAAAAUCAAACCUGAACUAUGAGAUGGCCAAGAUACAUUGGUCCUUUGCACUGGAAAUUGGUGUUGAAGGAGAGGGUGUAAGUGGUGGAAAUGCUGGCCUAGACACCAUCAAUACACAAUGCUGCAGUAAAAGCGACGACCAAAGGAGCAAGCAAGGCUGGACAAACCAAACUCGCAAUGGAAACAGUGAAGCUCUUUGA